CCGGUGGGUUUUAAAGGGGUGUAUAUAGCUCUGGAUCUCUCUGUCCAGUGAGAAACAGAAAGAAAGAACAAAGAAAUGGAACAGACCCAUUUCAGAUUUUGAGGUGGAGUGUUUUCUCUGUCUAUGAUGGGAGUUUAGACUUGAGUGGAUCUUGCAUUUUUGAGUUUUCUAAUGGAGACUGGUGAAGCGAAUAGAAUUGGUAAUCUUCCUACUGGUAGUUUUCGUGCUGGUAGCCUUCGUAGUGACAGUUCUUCAAUAUGGAGGAGCACUGGCAGUGGCUUGGCUGACGUCUUUUCGAGAUCUUCUCAGUCUAGAGAAGAGAGUCUCGACGACGAAGAAGCUCUGAAAUGGGCUGCAUUAGAGAAACUGCCCACUUUCGACCGUAUAAGAAAAGGUUUACUGUCUAUAGCAGAGGGAGAGACAAAGGAAAUUGAAAUUAAGAGUCUUGGGAAUACAGAGAGGAGGUUUUUGUUAGAUAGAUUGGUCAAAGUUGCAGAGGAGGAUCAUGAGAAGUUUUUGUUGAAGCUCAAGAACCGUCUUGAUCAAGUUGGAAUUGAGAUUCCCACGAUCAAAGUCCGCUUUGAGCAUGUAAAUGUAGAUGCAGAAGCUCACAUUGGAAGUAGAGCCUUACCUACAAUCUUCAACUCCGUAGCUAAUGUUUUAGAGGGGAUCUUGGGUUAUCUUCAUAUUGUUCCAACCCAAAAGGUACCCAUAGAAAUCCUCCAUGAUGUGAGUGGAAUAAUCAAGCCUGGCAGAAUUACUCUGCUUUUAGGCCCUCCAGCCUCCGGAAAGACCUCAUUGAUGUUGGCUUUGGCAGGAGAGCUUGAUAAAAAUCUAAAACUCUCUGGGAGAGUAACUUACAAUGGCCAUAGUAUGGAGGAGUUUGUCCCACAAAGGACCGCAGCUUAUAUCAGUCAACAAGAUCUUCACAUAGGUGAAAUGACAGUGAGAGAAACCCUUGCUUUUUCUGCAAGAUGUCAAGGGGUGGGAACUCGUUAUGAGAUGUUGACAGAGCUGUCACGAAGGGAAAAGGAGGCAAACAUUAAGCCAGAUCCCGAUGUUGAUGUUUUCUUGAAGGCAGCUUCACUGGAAGGACAGGAGGUCAGCGUAGUUACAGAUUAUAUUCUAAAGACUUUGGGACUAGAGGUUUGUGCUGAUACCAUGGUGGGAGAUGAAAUGUUGAGAGGUAUAUCUGGAGGACAAAGAAAGCGUGUCACAACAGGGGAAAUGCUGGUUGGACCAGCGAGGGCACUUUUCAUGGAUGAGAUAUCAACUGGUUUGGAUAGUUCUACAACCUUUCAGAUUGUGAAUUCGAUUAGGCAAUACAUCCACAUUCUAAGUGGGACCGCUCUCAUCUCUCUCCUCCAGCCAGCACCAGAGACUUACGAGCUAUUUGACAACAUUAUUCUCCUAGGGGAUGGGCAGAUUGUAUAUCAGGGGCCCCGUGAACAUGUGCUUGAAUUUUUUGAAUCUGUAGGUUUCAAAUGUCCUGAAAGGAAGGGAGUAGCUGACUUCUUGCAAGAGGUGACGUCAAGGAAAGAUCAACAACAGUACUGGGCUCAAAAAGAUGAACCUUACAGAUUUAUCCCAGUCAAGGAAUUUGUCGAGGCGUUCAACUCAUUCCAUGUUGGUCGGAGGCUAGCAGAUGAACUUGCCACCCCAUUUGAUAAGAACAAGAAUCACCCUGCUGCCUUAACUACCAAUAAAUAUGGUGUUGGCAAGAGGGAACUUUUGAAAGCCUGCAUAUCAAGAGAACUAUUGUUGAUGAAAAGAAACUCAUUUGUCUACAUUUUCAAGAUGAUUCAGCUUACUGUUAUGGCAUUCAUAACAAUGACUGUCUUCCUACGCACUGAGAUUCACAAAGAUUCAGUAACAAAUGGUGGGAUUAUUAUGGGGGCUUUGUUCUUCACUCUCACUAGUAUUAUGUUUAAUGGAUUUUCAGAGCUUGCUAUGACUGUCAUGAAGCUUCCUGUAUUUUACAAGCAAAGAAACCUCCUUUUCUAUCCUUCAUGGGCUUACUCACUGCCCACAUGGAUCCUAAGGAUCCCACUUACACUCAUUGAAGUUGCUAUUUGGGUGUUUAUAACUUACUACGUGAUAGGAUUUGACCCAAAUGUUGGAAGGCUUUUCAAGCAGUACCUUUUACUCAUAUGUGUGAACCAAAUGGCAUCUGGAUUGUUUCGAUUCAUUGCUGCACUAGGAAGGAACAUGGUUGUUGCAAAUACAUUUGGGUCCUUUGGACUACUUAUACUCAUGGUUCUAAGUGGAUUUAUCUUGUCCCGAGACACCAUAAAGAAAUGGUGGAUUUGGGGCUAUUGGAUCUCUCCCAUGAUGUAUGGGCAAAAUGCUUUAGUAGUGAAUGAGUUCCUUGGAAAAAGUUGGAGUCGUGUGCUACCCAAUGGAGAGAGACUAGGGGUGGCAGUCUUGAAAUCUCGUGGUGUCUUCACUGAAGCUUAUUGGUAUUGGAUUGGAGUAGGGGCAUUGAUUGGAUAUGUUUUCCUAUUCAAUGGUUUAUUCACAGUGGCUCUCACUUAUCUCAAUCCAAUUGGGAAACCUCAGACAGUUGUAUCUGAAGAAUGCUUGAAGGAUAAACCUUCCAGUAGAUCUGGAGAAAUGACUGAGCUAUCAUCCAGAGGAAAGACUUCUGUGGGAGAUGAAAUUAAAAGAAGUAUCUCAUCUGGGUCUCCAUCUACAAGGAUGGCCGGUGAUGAAGCCAAUCAGAACAGGAAGCGAGGAAUGGUUCUUCCAUUUGAACCUCUUUCCCUUACCUUUUAUGAAAUGACUUACUCUGUGGACAUGCCACAGGAAAUGAAAGCGCGAGGCAUUACAGAGGACCGGUUAUUGCUUCUCAAGGGAGUGAGUGGAGCUUUUAGGCCAGGAGUCCUUACAGCUCUAAUGGGUGUCAGUGGUGCUGGUAAGACCACUUUGAUGGAUGUGCUGGCUGGAAGGAAAACUGGAGGAUAUAUUGAGGGAAGCAUCAAAAUAUCUGGCUACGCAAAGAAACAGGAAACAUUUGCUCGUAUAUCAGGGUAUUGUGAACAGAAUGACAUCCACUCUCCUCAUGUUACGGUCUACGAAUCCUUGCUUUACUCUGCUUGGCUACGGUUAGCUCCUGAAAUCAAUUCUUCCACUAGAAAGAUGUUCAUUGAAGAGGUCAUGGAACUUGUAGAGCUUAGCUCACUAAGGGAAGCAUUGGUUGGGCUUCCAGGUGUAACUGGUCUCUCAACAGAGCAACGCAAGAGGCUAACCAUCGCAGUUGAAAUUGUUGCUAACCCUUCAAUUAUAUUCAUGGAUGAACCAACCUCUGGCCUGGAUGCAAGGGCAGCUGCAAUAGUGAUGAGAACAGUGAGAAACAUUGUGGACACUGGACGAACUGUGGUCUGCACCAUCCACCAGCCAAGCAUUGACAUAUUUGAGGCUUUUGAUGAGCUAUUCUUACUGAAGCAAGGAGGAGAAGAACUAUAUGUGGGCCCAUUAGGGAGACACUCUUGUCAUUUGAUCAAAUACUUUGAGGAAAUCAAAGGAGUCAGUAGGAUAAAAGAUGGUUAUAAUCCAGCAACAUGGAUGCUGGAGGUGACAACAAGAGCUCAGGAAGCAGCUUUGGGGCUAAACCUCACGGAAAUAUAUAAGAACUCAGAUCUGUACAGGAGGAACCGAGCAAUGAUCGAGGAAUUGAAUAAACCUGCCCCUGGUUCAAAAGACCUCCAUUUCUCUAGUCGGUACUCCCAAUCUUUCCUCACUCAAUGCCUAGCGUGCCUAUGGAAACAACAUUGGUCCUAUUGGCGGAAUCCACAAUACACUGCCGUAAGGCUCUUCUUCACAAUUUUCAUUGCUUUAAUGAUUGGGACGAUGUUUUGGAAUCUUGGAUCCAGCACGCAGAGGCAACAGGAUCUUUUUAAUGCAAUGGGUUCUAUGUAUGGUGCUGUUCUCUUCCUUGGGAUACAAAAUGCUGGCUCAGUUCAGCCAGUUGUAUCUGUUGAGCGAACCGUAUUUUACAGAGAGAGGGCUGCCGGAAUGUAUUCAGCCAUGGCAUAUGCCUUUUCCCAAGUUUUGAUUGAGAUUCCACAUAUCUUCAUACAAGCUAUGAUGUAUGGAGUUAUAGUAUAUUCAAUGAUUGCAUUUGAAUGGACGGCUGCAAAAUUCUUUUGGUAUCUAUUUUUUAUGUAUUUCACAUUGUUAUACUUCACCUUUUAUGGUAUGAUGGCAGUGGGCGUGACACCCAACCAACACAUCUCCUCUGUAGUUUCCUCGGCACUUUAUGCUUUAUGGAACCUUUUCUCAGGAUUCUUAAUUCCAAGACCUAGCAUUCCUAUCUGGUGGAGGUGGUACUACUGGAUUUGCCCUGUUUCAUGGACAUUGUAUGGAUUGGUUGUGUCACAAUUUGGAGAUGUACAGAAUAAACUUGAAUCAGGUGAAACGGUUGUAGAAUUUCUGAGGAGUUACUUUGGAUUCAGACAUGAUUUCUUAGGAGUGGUCGCAGUCAUAAUUGUUGCGUUUACUGUGCUUUUCGCAUUGAUCUUUGCUUUUUCAAUAAGGGCAUUUAACUUCCAGAAAAGAUAAGAAGAUUCUGCAGUAUUUUUUUUGUAUAAAGAGGUUAAAUCAGGUGAUAAGAAACCAAAGGAGCAAUGUAAAGAACAUAUUAUGAAGGUUCUGAAUUUUAGCUUUUCAAAAACAA